UAUAGAGAGAAGCAAUUACAAACUACUGCAAAAAUGUCGGCGGAGAAGAAUAGUGAGGCGGUGGUGGAAAAGCUGAGCAUCGACGAGAUGCUUCAGAAGCACUGUGGCGAGUUCGGGAAGUGGCAGCUGAAGCACUUCGUUCUCACAAACCUUGCUUGGACCUUCUACGCCUUCCACAUAAUGGUGAUGCCGUUCGCCGACCGCAUUCCGGAGUGGCGGUGUGUUGGCAGAGAUUGCGAGGGCGGUGGAAGUGUGUGCGAACUGAGGCCGGGGGAGUGGGAGUGGGUUGGAGGACGCAGCGGCUCCACCGUGUCGGAGUGGGGACUGAUUUGCGGUGAUAAGUUCAAGGUUGGUCUUGUCCAGUCCAUUUUCUUUGCUGGCUGCAUGAUAGGAGCUGGAAUAUUUGGUCACCUCUCGGAUUCAUUUCUAGGAAGAAAAGGUUCACUCACAGUGGCAUGUGCUCUAAACGGCAUCUUUGGUUGCAUAACAGCAUUUUCUCCUAACUAUUGGAUCUACACCAUCCUUCGCUUCCUCACCGGUUUCAGCUCCGGUGGCGUGGGUCUCUGCGCCUUCGUUCUUGCCACCGAGCCAAUCGGUCCCACCAAGCGUGGCUCUGCCGGCAUGUCAACCUUCUACUUCUUCUCAUCUGGAAUCGCACUCGUCUCACUUGUCGCCUACAUUUUCCAUAUGUGGCGCCACCUCUACAUCGCCGCCUCCAUCCCCUCUCUCUUGUAUGUCUUCAUUGUCAUUCCUUUCCUGUCCGAGUCCCCGAGAUGGUACCUCGUUCGAGGAAGAAUAACCGAGGCCACACAGAUAAUGGCAUUGAUUGCUUCCUCCAAUGGGAGGCACCUCCCCAGUGGAGUUUUUCUUGCACUCGACGAAGAAUCAUCAACUAAUGAAGAAGAAGAAGAAUUUCUGAUGGAGGACAAAGUUGCACAAAUUGGAUCCAUCGUGGACGUGAUUCGAUUCCCAAUGACAAGAACAAGGUUACUCGUUGCAAUAGUUCUCAACUUUGUAGGGUCUUUGGUUUACUAUGGUAUAAGCUUAAAUGUGGUUAAUUUGAAAACCAACCUUUACAUGAACGUAGCGUUGAAUGCGAUCGCGGAGAUGCCGGCGUUUGGAAUAACGGCGGUGUUAUUAGAAAGGUACGGAAGGAAGCCGUUAACAAUAGGAACAAUGUGGUUUAGUGGAUUCUUUUGUUUGUUGGGCAGUUUGAUGAAGAAUGUUGGGAUUUGGAAGAUUGUGAGAAUGGUGUGUGGUAUUUUGGGUGUAUUUGGAAUGGCUGGGACUUAUAAUUUGUUGUUCAUAUACACGGCAGAAUUGUUUCCGACGGUAGUGAGAAAUGCGGCGCUAGGGUGUACUAAUCAAGCGGCGGAAAUGGGGGCGAUAUUGGCGCCGAUUGUGGUGGUUUUGGGAGGGUGGUUGCCGUUUGCAGUGUUUGCGGUAAGCGGGAUAGUGGGUGGAGCAUUUGCAUUUCUUUUGCCGGAGACUCAUAACCAGCCAUUAUAUGAUACAUUUGCUGGAUUGGUGGCAGCAAGUGUGUGAUUGUAAAAAUGUUGUUUAAGUCAUGGAACAAAUAUUAUUGCUUACAACCUAAUUGGUGCCAUGAUGAGCAGCCAAUUACCCGGUAUUCAUGUAAUAAAAAGACAGUGCAAGUAACUUUUUUUUUGUCACUUUUUAUGUCUGUAAUGUACAUGCCUUUGUCU